AUAGAAAAAUUACGAAAUUCUCAGUUAGAAAAUAAUGAAGAAAUCUCUAAAGAGCCGUUCCAAGGGACCGAAAGUAAUAAUAAUGAAACAAUACAAAACUUGGAAAAUUCUUUGAACAUGGUCUUGAAGGAACAAAAGGAAGUCUUGCUUGCAGUGUUUCAAAGUUUCACUAAAACGAUUACUAAUAAAUUGAAAGAGCACGGAGAUCACGGGAUCGAAGAUCUGUUAUCUUCUCAGUGGUGGUUUUGGUGGGCCUAUGGGUUUUUUAGGGAAGUGGGACGAGCGUAUUCUGCUCAAUAUGCAAAGUUUAUUGUGACCUUGGAAACUAUCGUUAUUACCCCAGGUGUCGACACUAAAAUUGAGGAGAUCAUAUCCAUCAUAAAAGCACUUUCAACCGACCAAGACACGGUUACCAUAAGUCAAAUUUAA